AUGGGUUGGGUAGAAAGGGAGGCAAGGGUGAAAAGGCGAAGUGGGUGGAAAGGCGGAAAGAGGAGAAAAAAGCAAGCCAUUGUCGAUAUUCCACCUUUCACCUUUGCUUCCAUUUUCUACCGGGCCUUUGACCCGCCAAACAUGGGUGUUCCAAGCCAUGUCCGGACCAACGGUAUCGAAGACAAGACAGGCAAACAAUUUCCACCCAAGUCAAAACGCCACCAACUGCAACUCCCAGAAAUGUUUGACAGGAUGACCCUGGCCCGGCAUCUGCACUUCUUUGAUCACAAGACAACGAUAAUUCAAGUCUUGUUGUAA